GCACGAACAACUUCCACGUUCGCCGCCAUUUUGACAUCCAGCGAUUUGUAGAGACUUUAUUGAAUUGUAGCGUUUUUCGUCAUAUUUCGUAUAUUUGCUUCCGAAAAUACGACUUAAAAAGCUGCAAAAUGGGGAAUAUGUUUGCAAAUUUAUUUAAAGGCCUAUUCGGCAAAAAAGAAAUGAGAAUAUUGAUGGUGGGUCUCGAUGCCGCUGGUAAAACUACAAUUCUAUACAAACUAAAAUUAGGCGAAAUUGUUACAACAAUUCCUACUAUUGGGUUUAAUGUUGAAACUGUAGAGUACAAAAACAUCAGUUUCACUGUAUGGGAUGUUGGUGGCCAAGACAAAAUCAGACCACUGUGGAGGCAUUACUUCCAAAACACACAGGGUCUCAUCUUCGUAGUAGACAGUAACGACCGAGAGCGUAUCGGUGAGGCGCGCGAGGAACUCAUGCGGAUGUUAAGCGAAGAUGAGCUACGAGAUGCCGUACUUCUCAUCUUUGCAAACAAACAGGAUCUGCCAAACGCAAUGAAUGCAGCGGAGAUAACAGACAAGUUGGGGCUGCACUCUCUGCGCAACCGCAACUGGUACAUUCAGGCGACGUGCGCCACAUCCGGGGACGGCCUGUACGAGGGGCUCGACUGGCUCUCCAACCAGCUCAAGAACGCCAACCGCUAACCACAGACAAUCUGAUUACUGAAAGAGACUAUGGUUUAA